AUGGUUGAAAGAUGGGUCUUCUGGGUUAAGUAUGAGUCAUGGGUUAAGAUUCUUGAAAAAGAAAAUCAGGCAAAAGACACUAAAAUUGAAAAUUUGGAAGAAAAAUUGGAAUUUUUUGAAAGAAAAGCGCAAAGUGUGGGCAUCGAAAUACGUAACUUACCAAAAAAAACCGGUGAAACAAUGGAAUCCCUACAAAAUGACAUCAUACAACUGGGAAAAACUUUAAACGUCAACGUUGAGGGCAAUUCGAUUAGAGAUAUUUAUAGAACAAAAUCCAAGGAUGCCUCAAACCCAGUUGCCGUGAAUUUUACCACAGUCUUUAUGAAAGACAGUAUUCUCAAAGCGGUGAAGAACUUCAACAGAGACCGUGUUUUUGGCAAGGACCUCCACCAUGAACGUUCCAUCGUCAGGCCCUGCGCCAUCCACGAUGUGUACUGCAUCCGAGAGUUUUUCACAUACAAUACCCAAUGUUCCAUUACUGAAGGACCAGCUCCAGACCCCUUCAUACCUCACAAGAUCGGCUUAAACACACCACAUGCAAAUCUUACCUUUACUUUAAACAAUCCAAGAAUUAAGGGCCUUAAUAAUUGGAAAAUUAAGGAAUUUUAUAUCAACAAAGCCUCAGGCAUAUUGGUGAUGGAAGUGGGCUUUAGCAGUAUAGUGGUGGAUACUCCUAAAUGUAUAGUCACAUAUUAUCGCAAGGGCAAGGAGUCUUUACAUACAUCUGAUUUCACCAACAUUGAAUACAAUCCGGGAUUUCAGAAAGCGCUCAUUGAUUUAGAAUCUAGAGUGGACAUAAGUCUUGUUGAACUCUUCGUUACACAGGGUCCCAUGCUGUUUUCCAAGUUCUUCCAAAACGCUAACAGAAAUUUAGAAGCAUACCCGUGUGAAAGUAGUAGUUCUCACGCUUCGAAUAUGGCUGAAUCAGUGGAUCAUAUUUACAAGGCCCUACGACUGGUGCCGGAAUUCGACGGUAACUCGAACGUAUUAACUCGCUUUAUAAAAUUAUGUGAUCAACUGCAGCGCAAUGAACGUGCUCCUGAAAAGAAGUUGCAGUAUCAGCAUCAGGUUAGUCCGAGAUUUUCUUAUGGUUUUAAGCCACCCGUGCAAACGGCGCCGCCUUCAGCGCACCCGUUUACCUUAUCGCCUCCUAGGCCUUUUAAUAUACCAGGACCGUCGCGACUAUUCACGCCUCAGACUCAACAACCAUUGUUGAGGAAUCAACCCCCUCAAUACCGUGGUCCCUCACGGACUCAACAGAUGUUUAGUGCGCCACCACCUAAUAAUGGACCGCAGAAUGUCUUUAGAAUGCCAGGCCCUAAGCCUUCCGGGAGUAAUUUACCGCAACCUAUGAGUGGUGUUAGUCACUACGUAGCAAAACCAUUCGCCCCGCGUCCAACCCACGAUUGGUCGAGAGCUGCAAUUUCUGGAAACGAUUCUACGUACAUGGAGGCUGAAUGCCCGAAGGUAAAUUCCUUGUACCUCUGCGAAACUAAGACAAGAUACGAAAGACCAGAUGAACCGGACUGCAUCCAGCACCUGAUCCUCCACCAGGAACUUCUCCCAUCAUGCAAACUUACUACAGUCAAAUUGAGGAAAGAAGCCGUUGAACAACUAGAUGAAAAGCAUUACACCAUAAAUUUCCCACGACCCACAAAGGUGAAGAUAGUCUCAAAUUCCAACAACCACAUUAAGGGAUUUGCUCUGGAAAUCAUACAACUGCCUACAUCUAAUGAGCUACCGGCGUCAAGGGAGCCACCAGUCAUACUAAACUCUAUUGCCUUAGAAAAUCUGCACUCCAUUAAUAAGAAGAUAAUGUUAGAAACUCCAGUAGAAUUGAGCAACGUCACCGAUAUGAGCCUGUACCAUACAACUAUUCCUGUCUACCUUAUACUACUCGGUGCAGGUGCACUCAUUAUUGCACUGAUGUAUCGUCAGCAGCGAUCACAACAUUCUCAGAAGAACCAGUCUUUAGAAGGUCAUAAUUUAGCAGCUUCUAGAGAGAGUGCUGAAUCCCAACAAUCAAGGAAGAUUAAUCCCAGCGAGAUUAUAAUUGACCACAGCAAUAUUUCAUCAUCCCUUCCACGCGAGAUUUCGAAAUAG